AUGUUAAAGAUGGACUACUUUACACCAAUUCCAUACUUUGGCAGAGCCACCAACGAGACUCUGACUCCUUCAUCUGUAUCUUCACAAGUAUCAUUAUCAACCAUAAAAUCAUUAACAGAUUAUCACAUCAAUAAACCGACCUUAUCAGUAGAAACAGUAUCUGAUAGAGAACUGGAUGGAAGUAGUGACGAAGAUGAACAAGAAGAACAAGAAUAUCAAGAUACUUUUGAAAUCGAUAUAAACCCAUUCAAUAAUGAAGAAGAAGCUUAUUCACCCUUAACUCCUCCAUUUGAAGUAUGUACACCUCCUAUUCAAAAAGAUUAUAUAACGACUACCAGACCUUCAAUCCAACCCUUUAAAAAUCUUACUCCAUAUAAUUUCUUAAUUGUUGAUGAUAAUUUAAUUAAUUUAAAAAUAUUAAAUCGAAUUUUAUCCAAAAUAUAUCCAAGAUCAACAAUAACACAAAUACAAGAUUCUAGAUUAGUUAAAGAUAUUUUAACAGUCAAUAAAUUUGAUGUUGUUUUUUUAGAUAUUGAAAUGCCAGAAGUUACUGGUAUUGAUUUAGCUCAACAUAUUAGACUUGAUUCAACUAAGAAUAAUUGGGGAUUAAUUGCAGUUACUACAAUGAAUAGUCCUCUGGAUUUGAAGUUGUUUAAAUCAAUUGGUAUUGAUUAUACAUUUAGUAAACCAAUGACUUGGGGUUUAGAUGUAAUUGGAGAUAUCAUUGAUUCAGUAAUUGAAUUAAGAAAAUCGAAAGUAUAA